AUGAAAGGAAAAGCAGGCAGGCUGCCCAAGAGGGACUGGGCUUGACUAUUGUUAACAUAUACUUGACCCCCCUCCUCUCCGCUCAUGACACAGAUGUCUCCUACCUCUAUCACCUCCCACUGCUUUAAGCCCUCCCCCCUGCACCUGGGUAGCUGAGCCAGGCCAGCUGCUUGCAGUAUGCUGUUUGACUUUAGAGGUGGCUGCUAGCAGAGGGGGGUGGGAGGAAAGAGAGAGUCAGACGCUCACACACACAUAUACAUACGGAGACGCGCGCACACCCAUACACACGCGCGCGCGAGGGGAGAACAAACAAACAAACAAACAAACGGCGGAGCCUUUCCCGCAGGGCGGAUCUGUGCACAGACAUUACAUGGAGCUGCUUCCCCGAGCGGGCGGGCGCAUGGGAAGCCUGCAAAUCUAUGCAUCGCCGCCUUAGAGAGAGAGAGAGAGAGAGAGAGAGAGAGAGAGAGAGAGAGAGAGAGAAGAGGCGGCGGCGGCAGGAGGAGGCAGGCGCACCGCCACUGACAGCGCGUAAGAUCCACCGCUUGGACUCUCAGCUCACAUUUUUCGUCUGCAACAAUAACAGCGACCACGGGCGGCCGCCGAGGAGGAGGAACUGAGCAUUCCGCAUCGGGCUACUUGGAGGACUUUUAUUUUCCAUUCUUCUGACUACGGUGAUUCUUACAUGCGCUUUCUUGAGCCUUUGGCACCCCCGAGAAGCUCUCCCUCGCGCGGAUCCUCCUUUCCUCCCCCCCACCCUUUUUUAUUAAAAAGAAAGAGAGAGAAACCACACGCGUAAGAACAGCUGGAGUUUGGCUUCGUCUUUCCUCGUUUCCUUCGCGCCGUUUGGACCUUUUCGUGUGUGAACGUGGAUGAUCCGGAGCGGGGAGGAAAGAGAAGGAAGCGAAGCCACAUUGCGUCGCCCCUUUUUCCUCUCGCGGGUCCCCGCCGGCCGGCCAGCCUGGGCUGUCCGAGCUCCGCCAAGGAGGACUGGAACUUUUUAUUUUCAGCUCUCUGCCUGGGGCGAAUGGUGGGAGUCUCCGGUCCUUUGCAAUAUGAUCCUUGCUCGAUAUGAGCUCAUGUGAUCAAGAGCGCUUGAAAUGUAAUGUUUUCAACCUAGACAGUAUGGAUCGAAACUGUAAAUCACGGAAAGCGCUGUAGACAUAUUUUUCUCACAGAUAUAUUUCAGAAAAGAUUGAUCUCUGGGCUGGUGAACGUAAUAUCUGUCCCAGUCAGAAAAGGAGAGGAAAUUAGCAGGACGAUUGGUGGAGAAUGAUAUCUGUCAAAAGAAACACUUGGAGAGCACUGAGUUUAGUAAUAGGUGACUGCCGGAAAAAAGGGAACUUUGAAUUUUGCCAAGAUCGCAUUGAGAAGCAUUCCACAAUGCCAGACUCACCUGUGGAUGUGAAGACGCAAUCCAGGCUGACGCCCCCAACAAUGCCGCCUCCCCCCACUACCCAAGGAGCCCCAAGAACCAGCUCUUUCACACCCACAACGUUAACCAAUGGCACAAGCCAUUCACCAACAGCACUAAACGGGGCUCCUUCUCCACCUAAUGGCUUUAGUAACGGCCCAUCAUCUUCCUCCUCAUCAUCCUUGGCUAAUCAGCAGUUGCCACCAGCUUGCGGAGCUAGACAGCUUAGCAAACUGAAGAGAUUUCUCACAACCUUACAGCAGUUUGGCAAUGACAUUUCACCAGAAAUUGGGGAGAGAGUGCGUACCCUCGUGCUAGGACUUGUGAAUUCUACUUUGACAAUUGAAGAAUUUCAUUCCAAACUACAAGAAGCUACUAACUUCCCACUGCGACCUUUUGUCAUCCCAUUUUUGAAGGCCAAUCUGCCCCUGCUACAGCGGGAGCUCCUGCACUGUGCAAGGUUGGCCAAGCAGAACCCCGCCCAGUACCUCGCUCAGCAUGAGCAGCUGCUUCUGGAUGCCAGCACCACCUCACCUGUUGACUCCUCAGAGCUGCUUCUCGAUGUGAACGAAAACGGGAAGAGGCGAACUCCAGACAGAACCAAAGAAAAUGGCUUUGACAGAGAGCCUUUGCACUCAGAGCAUCCAAGCAAGCGGCCCUGCACUAUUAGCCCAGGCCAGCGGUACAGUCCAAAUAAUGGUUUGUCUUACCAGCCCAAUGGUCUGCCUCACCCCACUCCGCCUCCACCUCAGCAUUACCGUUUGGAUGAUAUGGCCAUCGCCCACCACUACAGGGACUCAUACAGACACCCCAACCACAGGGACCUCAGGGACAGAAACAGACCUAUGGGGUUGCAUGGCACACGUCAAGAAGAAAUGAUUGAUCAUAGGCUAACAGACAGAGAAUGGGCAGAAGAAUGGAAACACCUCGACCAUCUUUUAAACUGCAUCAUGGACAUGGUGGAAAAAACAAGGCGAUCUCUCACUGUGCUACGGCGAUGUCAGGAAGCUGACCGGGAGGAACUUAAUUACUGGAUACGGCGGUACAGCGAUGCAGAGGAUUUAAAAAAAGGCAGUGGUAGCAAUCACUCCAGGCAGCAGAGUCCAGUGAAUCCAGAUCCCGUCCCUUUAGACUCACAUCGAGAAUUCCUUCACAGGCCUGCUUCUGGAUACGUGCCAGAGGAGAUCUGGAAGAAAGCUGAGGAAGCAGUCAAUGAAGUAAAACGUCAAGCAAUGACCGAGCUGCAGAAGGCAGUGUCGGAGGCAGAACGGAAAGCCCAUGAUAUGAUUACUACGGAGAGAGCUAAGAUGGAACGCACGGUCGCAGAGGCCAAGCGGCAGGCAACAGAGGAUGCACUAGCUGUGAUCAAUCAGCAAGAGGAUUCUAGUGAGAGUUGCUGGAACUGUGGCCGUAAAGCUAGUGAGACCUGCAGCGGUUGCAACACGGCGCGAUACUGUGGCUCAUUUUGCCAGCAUAAGGACUGGGAGAAACACCACCACAUCUGUGGACAGACACUUCAAGCCCAGCAGCAAGGAGAGACACCAGCAGUCAGCUCCUCCGCAACGCCCAACAGCGGAGCCGGAAGCCCAAUUGACACACCACCAGCAGCUACUCCUCGGUCAAACACCCCUGGGACUCCGUCCACCAUAGAAGCGACUCCUCGCUAAGACUGAACCGCAGAACUACUAAAAACAAAAACAAACAAAAACACAAAACAAAAUUCCUCAUCCUCAGAUGCUCAAAGGUUUUUACUGAACUGUCACGUUUCAAUACUGCAAAAGAACUUAAAACUGUAUCUUGAGGUAGAAGUGAAAAGAAAAAAAAAAAUACAGAAGGCCAGUAACGGGUCAUAAUGACUUCUUCUGGAAAACAAAGAUACCUUUCCUUUAGGAAACUGAGAAGAGCAGAUAAUUUUAACAAAUACAAAAUGAUAGAUUUGACCUCCUCCCUGUUAUUUUCCAGUAGCUGGGAUUUUAAACUAGAUGACCUCAUUAACAGAUGCUUUACCAAACAGCAAACCAAGAGAUUGCUAAUUGCUGUUGAAAGCAAAAAUGCUAAUAAUAUAAAGUCACAAUGUUCUUUAUAACAAUAAUGGGAUUUAAUUAAAAAAAAUGCGAGAGAGAGAGAGAUAGAGAGAGAGAGAGAGAAAUAAAGAAAGAGA